AUGCUUUACAUUCUUGAGCGCAUGAAACUCGACCCCAAAAUCUACACGUAUCGGACAUACCUCGUGAGCUCCGGAGAUAACUUCAGUGCAGACAAAGCUAAGGAUUUUGAGGCUCAACAUGUACAAAAUUCUCAGGGCCAUGCCCAUAACAACAACUAUACCAUUGUCACAGUACCACGUGCCCGACGAGUCCAUCAAUCCUAUCUCACCGCGCCAUUCUCAACGCUUCAAUGUUUCUGGGCUUGUCUCAAUGCUCUUCGCGGACUACACCCAGACCAAAAGCUCCCAAAGGAGUACAUCUCGCCUUACCCUGAUCUAAUCCUCACGAACGGUCCUGCUACGGCAGUGUGCGUUGUCGCAGGCGCAAAACUCAUCCGCUUCUUUCUGUGUUUGGCCAAAUUCACUGCCUUGUGUCUGGGUCUGCGAACAUUCUCCUCGUUUAAAUCGACACCAAAACUGCGCACUAUUUACAUCGAAUCAUGGGCCCGGGUGAGCUCGCUCAGUACCUCUGGCGUCUUGCUGUUGCCUCUGGCCGACCGUUUUCUUGUUCAAUGGCCUACCCAGGCCGGACGACGGGCCUGGUGGGGGAUGAAGAGAACGCAGUAUGCAGGAUGGCUUGUGAUCUAA